UUCAAUCUCAAUUACCUUUUUCCUUAGGUCUGAAGGUCUGAGGUCUGAGGUCUGAGGUCUCCGAGGGUUUUUUGGCUUCUCUCUCUCUCUCUUUCUCUCUAGCUCUCAAAGCUCCCAUGGCGCCGCCUCCAGGGCCUUACUCUGGCACCAGCACUCUCGCUCUGGUGGCUCGUGCUUCGGCCUUCACUUUCGGUCUUGUCUACGGAAGCGUCAAACUGAAGUAUCUCAAGGCUAAGGCAAAGUCACAAAUGAAGGCUGUGGCUAAGGGGCAUCAUUGAAGUACAGAAGGAUCCCCAUUAUUGAUUUCCAAUAAUGCAUAAUGAUAGACCCUGUAGUUUUUGUAGACCAUGAUACUCCAUUGAAAAUUCUGCAGUUGUUUAGGUUGGUUGUCCUGCCUAAGGAUUAUGAUUGAACUCACAUCUUCUAGUGAUUGAUGAGUGCUGACAGAGAGGCUGUUGAGAGGGAUGUUCAUAAACCCUUAAUUCUAAAAUAAUUUUUCAUCUA